AUGCACCCAGAGGCCUCGGAGCCGACGGCAGGCCGGGCAGGGGAGCUGGACUGCGCUGUGGAGCCCGACGUGGAGGCGUCUGCGGGGGACCACGGGGGCCGCAAGGAAGAAACUAAUGAGUCCAAGGAAGCAUGCGUAGGGCCUUGUGACACACCCACCCAGAAGGUACAGAUCCAAAGUGGUGACAGCCAGGCAGACAGUCGCUGGGCACACCCACGUGAGGACAGGGAUGACCACAGCCCCAGAAUGACUAAAAGUUUCCUUCAGAAACUUUGCAAGCAGCACAAACUUUACAUCACGCCGGCGCUGAAUGACACCCUGUACUUACACUUUAAAGGCUUUGACCGCAUCGAGAACUUGGAAGAAUACACAGGCCUGCGCUGCCUUUGGCUGGAGUGCAACGGGAUACAGAAAAUCGAAAACCUGGACGCCCAAACGGAGCUGCGCUGCCUGUACUUGCAAACCAACCUGAUUCACAAAAUCGAAAACCUAGAGCCUCUGCAGAAACUGGACGCCCUUAACCUCAGCAACAAUUACGUGAAGACCCUGGAAAACCUGGCCUGCCUCCCGGCCCUGAGCACGCUGCAGAUGGCGCACAACCACUUAGAGGCCGUGGAGGACAUCCGGCACCUGCAGGAGUGUUCCAGGCUGUGUGUCCUCGACCUCUCUCACAACAAGCUGAGUGACCCCGAAAUUCUGGGCGUGCUUGAGCACAUGCCUCAUUUGCGUGUAUUGAAUCUGAUGGGGAACCCCGUCGUGAAGCGCAUCCCCAGUUAUCGGAAGACUGUCACCGUCCGCCUCAGACACUUAACGUACCUGGAUGACAGGCCCGUGUUCCCAAAAGACAGAGCUUGUGCAGAGGCCUGGGCUCGGGGAGGCUCUGCGGCCGAGAAGGAGGAGAGACUGCAGUGGGAGACCCGGGAGCAGAGAAAAAUCAGAGACAGCAUCGAGGCUUUGGCGAUGAUCAGACGGCGGGCAGAAGAGAGGAGAAGGCAGAGGGAAGCCAGAGAGGAAGGGGAGACCCAGCUGCCACGUGACAGUGAAGAGGUGGGCACAGACGGGGAAGGAAAGGAGGCACCGCCCAAAGACCUGGAAACGCAGCAGAGAAUGGAGGUGUUUGUGCUGGAGAGCUUCGAGGCGAAGGACGAGCUGUGCCCAGAAAAGGAGGAUGGGGGUGCUGAGGCCCUGGAGCCAGGAGGGUUGCUGCCAGCCCGGGCGCCCAGCCUGCCAGUUCCAGGUGCUGCCCAGGAAGAGUCACCUCCCGACUCAGUGACCGCCGAGGGGGCUGCAGCUAGAGAAGCAGCCGAAGCCAAGAACGCAGAGGCCGUUGAACUGGAGAUGGAGAAGCAGCUCUUCAUUGACGACCUGCCUGACCUGGAAGACGUCGAUGCCAGUGAACUUCUCUGCAGCCAGGAUGAGCAAAUGAGUGUUGUGAAGAUUGAGAGCAUCCCGAGCUCACGUGACAGCAGCGACACAGAGCUGGACUGCACAUUGUUCCCAGAAGCGGAGAGCGCGCCCACUGACUCCCUUUCCAGAAUAUUCGCACUCCCAAAAGACAUGCCAGAGAAGGCCGAGACACCCUUUAUGGACAUGUUUAAGAUAGAGGCAGAGAGUGCCUCGGGGGUGCAAAGUGAGGGGCCGGGGCCUUCCCGACCGCUGAUCCAGGAGCUUGACGAUCGAUGUCUGGAUCAGCUGCAGAUGUCCUCACCCUGUGACAUGAACGCCCGGCCAGGCCCGUCCACCAGCGGGGACAGGGAUGUGCUCACGGCCUCCCCACCAGGAAAUGUUGCUGGGUGGAGCCACGUACAGCCCCAGCCUGGGGUGUCUGUGGAGGCCAGCGAGGGGGAUGACCACGAGGACAUUGAAUUUGGGCUGGACUGA